GGGUUAUGGAGGAACAGAGUGGAAAGAGACGGGGCCUGGCCUGGGAAUUUGCUGUUCGCUUCCCAUUCUUCCUAUGCAGACAGUCAGACACACAACAUGGCGGACUAGAAUAGUCGGCCGACGCGCCCGGAUACAACGGAUACACCGUGGGAUUUAACAUCUAGGAAGGCCAAGAAAGUACAUUCUAAAGGGAAGCUAAAUUACGGCGAAUCUAGGUUUUUUGGGGGGAUGUCGUCCUUGCCUGGAUUUGGCAGAUAAACUGACUGCGAAGUGUUGACUGUGUGUCCCAUAUCGUGCUUCCCUCCUCUGCUAUCACCCUGGUCCCCCCACCCCGCUCACACUCUCGGUUCCUGGGGAGUGGAGACAGGGGCCGGGGUUAAAAACGUGGAAGAGAAAGAGAGGAAAAAUUCCUACUUGGCUUUAAGUCCCCCCUCCCCUUCUUUCGGGUUUCCUCUGGGCGCUACAGGAGUUGUGGACCACGCUGUGCGAAUGAGUGAUUGAUGCCAACUUCGCUUCUUCAGGGCAGAAUGGGUGUGUGUCCCCUGCUCCUGCUGCUCGGUCUAGCCCUCGGGGCCUCAGCCCAGGAUCUUGUCCCCAUCACAAGUCCUCCAAAUAUCACUGUCAAACCCACAGACCCCCCAGCAGCACCCUCCCUCAACUUCACAGUCGCACGCACACAAGCACCCACAGGCCCACCCACAACGCCCGCUACCACAGUCUUCCCGGUGACGACAAUAACAACAACAACAACCACAAGCCCAGCUGGUGAGGAGGAUGUACAACUAGCGGGUCCCAAUGCCACCAGGCGGGUGUUACCAGUCCCUGCUCCCUCACCUCCAGCUCCAACUCAUGCCCUCCAGGCACUACCAAGCACCGAGCCUCCCCCUCCUCCUACUCUAGCCGAGGUUGACAACAAGACCGCAGCCUCCCCCACAGACGCCUUGACUACAGAUUAUAUUGAUGAGGAUUUAUUCAACGUCGAGACAGAGACCACCACAGAACCUGGGAUGGGGUUCACCUCUGACACCAGCCCACAUGACAACAACCAGUCUGAUGACAUGCCAAUCAUAGCAGUCAUGGUGGCCCUGUCCUCCCUGCUGGUUAUCAUCUUCAUCAUCAUCAUCCUCUACAUGCUCAGGUUUAAGAAGUACAAGCAGGCGGGAAGCCAUUCCAACUCCUUCAGACUGACCAAUGGUAGAUCAGAGGAUACAGAACUUCAGAGUGUGCCACUAUUGGCCCGUUCACCCAGCACAAACAGGAAGUACCCGCCUCUUCCCGUCGACAAACUCGAGGAAGAAAUGAACCGUCGCAUGGCCGAUGACAACAAGCUCUUCAGGGAAGAGUUUAAUUCGCUGCCAGUCUGCCCCAUCCAGGCAUCAUGCGACGCUGCUUCCAAAGAAGAGAAUAAAGAAAAGAACAGAUAUGUCAACAUCCUGCCAUAUGAUCACUCCAGAGUGCAUCUCUCGUCUCUGGAGGGAGUCCCAGACUCUGACUUUGUCAACGCCUCCUUUAUAAAUGUUUGUAUAAGUGCAGCAUUUUGCCACAAAAAACAUUAUUCUGCUCUAAAUAUAUUGUGUUACAUCCUAAUAUCACUUCUUGACUUCUUUAUUUUGCAGGGUUACCAAGAGAAAAAUAAGUUUAUUGCAGCUCAAGGGCCCAAGGAGGAAACGGUAAAUGACUUCUGGCGGAUGAUCUGGGAGCAGAACACAGUCACCAUUGUCAUGGUGACCAAUCUGAAGGAGAGAAAAGAGUGUAAGUGUGCCCAGUACUGGCCGGACCAGGGCUGUUGGACAUACGGGAACAUCCGCGUGUCUGUAGAGGACACAAUGGUUCUGGUGGACUACACAAUCCGCAAGUUCUGCAUCCAACAGGUGGGAGAUGUGUCUGGGAAGAAGCCUCAAAGGCUUGUGACCCAGUUCCACUUCACCAGCUGGCCAGACUUCGGGGUGCCCUUCACCCCUAUUGGCAUGCUCAAGUUCCUCAAGAAAGUCAAGAAUUAUAACCCCCAGUAUGCCGGCGCCAUUGUGGUCCAUUGUAGUGCGGGCGUGGGGAGGACAGGUACCUUCAUUGUAAUUGAUGCCAUGUUGGACAUGAUGAACACUGAAAGGAAGGUGGACGUGUUUGGCUUUGUCACCAGGAUCAGAGCCCAGCGCUGUCAGAUGGUCCAGACUGAUAUGCAGUAUGUGUUCAUCUUCCAGGCGUUGUUAGAGCACUACCUGUAUGGAGACACAGAGCUGGAGGUGACUUCUCUGGAGUCCCACCUAGCCAAACUAUACGCCCCCUCACCUGGAGCUGGCUGCAGUGGGCUGGAGGCUGAAUUCAAGAAACUGACAUCCAUCAAGAUUCAGAAUGACAAGAUGAGAACUGGGAACCUGCCCGCCAACAUGAAGAAGAACAGAGUCCUGCAGAUCAUUCCAUAUGAGUUCAACAGAGUGAUCAUUCCAGUCAAACGAGGAGAGGAGAACACAGACUACGUCAAUGCCUCUUUCAUUGAUGGCUACCGCCAGAAGGACUCCUACAUGGCGAGCCAAGGCCCGCUGCAGCACACCAUAGAGGACUUCUGGAGGAUGAUCUGGGAGUGGAGAAGCUGCUCCAUUGUCAUGCUUACUGAGCUGGAGGAGAGAGGGCAGGAAAAGUGUGCUCAGUAUUGGCCUAGUGAUGGAGUGGUGGUCUUUGGGGACAUUUCCAUCGAGAUUAAAAGGGAGGAGGAGAGCGAGAGCUACACAGUGCGUGACCUCCUAGUCACCAACAACAGGGAGAACAAGGCUCGGGCGGUGCGUCAGUUUCAUUUCCAUGGCUGGCCAGAAGUGGGCAUCCCCACUGACGGUAAAGGCAUGAUCAACAUAAUCGCCGCGGUGCAGAAACAACAGCAGCAGUCUGGCAAUCACCCCAUAACUGUGCACUGCAGUGCUGGUGCUGGUCGGACGGGGACUUUCUGUGCGUUGAGUACAGUCCUAGAGCGGGUGAAGGCAGAGGGCAUCCUGGAUGUCUUCCAGACAGUCAAGAGCCUCAGACUGCAGAGACCACACAUGGUGCAGACACUGGAGCAGUACGAGUUUUGCUACAAAGUGGUCCAGGAGUAUAUAGAUGCCUUUUCUGACUACGCCAACUUCAAGUAGGAACCUGCCAUGGAAGGAUGGAUGGAUGUCUGCAAACACUUCACACAAGCAUAUACACGCCCCAGAACACACACACACACACACACACACUCACACUCACACACACAUACAUUACCAUGCAGAAAGCUGCAUAUUCCCAUCUGAUGGAUU